AUGGGCUUCGUGCGCGCCGCGUCGCCCGAGGCGCCGCCAAAUGACGGCGGCGGCGAGGGGCCGCAUGCGGGCCUGGCGGCCGUCCAGGAACAGGAGCAGGAGCAGGAGCAGGAGCAGGAGCAGGAGCAGGAGCAGGAGCAGGAGCAGGAGCAGGAGCCGCUCUCGCAGCCGCGGGCGCGGCAGCGGGCAUCGAGGGAGCCCGAGCAGGAGCCGGAGCAGGAGCAAAUGCAGGAGCAGGAGCAGGAGACGGCGUCGCAGCGGGGGCUUGACAAGGGGCAGCAGAAGCAGGAGCAGGAGCAGGAGCAGGAGCAGGAGCAGGAGCAAGGACAGGAGUAG